AUCAAAAUAUAUAAUUUAAUUCUACUCCAAAUAUUCCGACUCCUCCAAUGGCAUGUAUGGUUAAUUUUGCCGGCUGAAACCAUCUAGAUUUUGUUUAAAGAGAGAUCCAAAAAUGGCAGGGAAAAUAUCGGCUGCAUCAGCUCGGGCUCACACUAGAAAAUCUAAGCAAAACACUUCCUUCAAGCUUCUCUCAGGGAUAUUCACAAAGACACUAUUGGUCUUGUUUGUGGGAGCUUUGGCAUGGGCUUAUCAGGCCAUUCAGCCGCCGCCACCCAAGACUUGUGGCUCUCCUGAUGGUCCACUCAUCACAGCAUCGAGAAUAAAGCUCAUGGAUGGACGGCAUUUGGCCUACAAAGAGCAUGGCGUUCCACUAGAGGCAGCAAAGUAUAAAAUCGUCAAAGUCCAUGGAUUUGAUUCUUGUAGGCUUGAUGCUGUUCCUCUGUCCCCGGAACUCGUUGAAAGGUUAGGGAUCUAUGUUGUGUCUUUCGACAGACCAGGCUACGGAGAGAGUGAUCCUAAUCCGAAACGAACAGUGAAGAGUAUGGCUUUAGAUAUAGAAGAGCUUGCCGAUCAAUUGAGACUAGGAUCCAAGUUUUAUGUAAUCGGAAUUUCUAUGGGGGGACAGGUGAUUUGGAGCUGCCUCAAGUACAUCCCUCAUAGGUUAGCAGGGGCGACAUUGGUGGCUCCAGUGGUUAACUACUGGUGGUCCGGUUUUCCUACAAACUUAUCGAACCAAGCAUAUCAGCAAAUGUUACCACAAGACCAAUGGGUGCUUCGUGUGUCUCACUAUGCUCCAUGGCUCACCUACUGGUGGAACAGUCAAAAAUGGUUCCCUAGUUCUAGUGUUAUCGCUCACAGUAUCGAUAUUUUUUCUAGUGAGGACCGAAAACUCUUGAUGAAGAUCUCGUCUACUAGGAACCAUGCGGCACAAGUAAGACAGCAAGGGGAAUACGAGUCCCUGCAUCGUGACCUGAUAGUCGGAUUUGGAGCUUGGGAAUUCUCUCCGUUGGAACUGGACAACCCAUUUCCUAACAAUGAAGGCUCGGUGCAUGUGUGGCAUGGAGAUGAGGAUAGGCUUGUACCGGUUACGUUGCAACGCUACAUUGCUGAACAACUCCCGUGGAUUCGCUACCAUGAACUACCUGGUGCCGGACAUUUGUUUAUGGUUGCAGAUGGGAUGUGGGAUAAUAUAGUGAAGACACUUUUGGUGGGAGAAAAGUAGUCUUCAGUUCAUUUAUGGAUUUUGCCGUUUGUCCCAUUAUCCCCCAUUACAACCGAACUUGAUGCCUGCAAUAUUUAGAUGAGAAAUGCUGGGGUUGUAGUCAUUGAGUUUUAAAGAGGAGGGCUUAUUCAAUAGUUGAGAUCUUAAACAAUGGUAGUUACCCUUCAAUAUAUUUGUGUUUAGCAUGCUUGCUGAUGGUUGACUGAGACUUAAACACAUCUGUUAGACUCAGUUCCAUGAAUUUAGAUCAAUUUACAACUGACAAUGGUUUCAUUUGUUACUUUAAUAACCAUAUAACUUGUAUUGGAAAA